AUUACGUCAUUACGCAGUUGCGUUAAAGCUUCAGCGAGUGACUGUUGAACCCCCCUUUUUCCCAAUCCUUCUCACUCUGCACAAAACAAUUAGAAAUUAAUAAAAAUAAUCAAUCAACAGAUUAUGCAAAUGGAAUUCUAGCAUAACUUCCGAAUCUCUGUAAUAGUAGCUCCCUUUGAUUUACAUGUUUUGUAUAAAACGCGUGAUUUAGGGGAAAGAAGUUCUUUUAUUGUUGAUUUGGUCGGAGCGGAGCUCCGAUGGCAGCCACGACAAUGGCGACAGCGGCGGGGGCGGUGGUGCUGCUGUACUACGUGGUGAGCCGGCGUAUUGCGUCGGCGGCGGAAGGGGAGGAUUCAUCCGGCGGCGAUUGCUCGAAAUCGAAGAGCAGAUCGGUGAAGAGACGGCUGUCGCGGCGGCCGGCUCAAGCGCCGGCGACUUGGCUGGAGACGAUUUAUACGCUGUCGGAGACUUUGAGGUUCACGUACGCCGAGACGUUGGGGAAAUGGCCGAUCGCUGACUUGGCUUUCGGGAUUAACUAUCUUAUUCGGAGGCAGGGUAAUUUGCAGGUUGCAAGUGUGUAUGCAGGCGAAAAUGCUGUGCAGCUGAAGGGUGUCGAUAUUAUUGAUCAGUUGUAUUACUACUUAAGAUUGCUAACUCUUUGUAUGCUUUUCUCAAAGAAGCCAUUUCCAGUGUUUUUGGAAUCUGCUGGAUUCACCGAAGCAAAUGUCCUUCUUCAGAAGCCCAAAGCAGGGAUUCUGAAACCUGCCUUCACAAUUUUACGUGAUGAAAACUCAAAGUGCUUCCUUCUCCUUAUUCGGGGUACUCACAGCAUUAAAGAUACGUUGACUGCAGCAACAGGUGCAGUGGUCCCUUUUCACCAUUCAGUUUUGGAUGAUGGUGGUGUGAGCAAUCUGGUUUUGGGAUAUGCGCAUUGUGGAAUGGUUGCUGCAGCUCGAUGGAUAGCAAAGCUGAGUACUCCUACUUUGCUCAAGGCUGUUGAUCAAAAUCCUGACUAUGAGGUCAAGAUUGUUGGUCAUUCACUUGGUGGUGGUACAGCUGCAUUGUUAACAUACAUUCUCCGGGAACAAAAAGAAUUUUCAGCAACUACUUGUUUUACCUUUGCUCCAGCUGCCUGCAUGACGUGGGAGCUGGCAGAGUCGGGAAAACACUUCAUUACCACAAUAGUAAACGGUUCUGAUCUGGUGCCCACAUUUUCAGCCGCGUCUGUUGAUGAUCUUCGUUCAGAGGUGACUGCUUCAUCUUGGUUAAAUGAUCUUCGUGACCAAGUUGAGCGCAAUAGAGUCUUGAAUGUCAUCUAUCGGUCUGCCACUGCUCUUGGGUCUCGACUGCCUUCAAUAUCAAAUGCCAGAGCAAGAGUUGUUGGCGCUGGUGCUCUUUUACGACCAGUCUCAAGUGGCACAAAGGUUGUGAUGAAGCGUGCACAAGUUGUAGCCGAGGCAGUUGUUAAGACCCGUUCUUCGAUAUCAUUAUGGGCAUGUAUGGGACCCAGGCGACGUGCUGUCUCGUCUCACUCGGAUGCUAAAGCGGAUGAUCUGCCCGAGGCUCCUCUUAUAGCCGAGACAACAUCCGAAACUGUUAUAUCUGAAGUGAUAAUAAGCAGCACUUCUGACAUGACAAAGGCGGAAUAUUGUUCCUCAAGCGACAAUGGGACCACUGGGCCCGACGAGACUGAUGAAGAGGAGGAGAAAGUUGUUGACGCGCCUACCAUUGAGGAGAUCACGGAAGGUGAACUGUGGUACGAGCUGGAGAAGGAGCUCCAGAGGCAGGAGAGCGAGAUCCAUGCUGAGAUACAGGAAGAAGAAGAAGAAGAAGAGGUUGUGGCAGAGGAAAUAGCUGAAGAGGAGAAGGCAUUCUCUAGUGCAGUCGAAAGCCAUGCAGCCAUUUCGGCUUCUGAUGUCUCCGACAAUAUCCAUUUCUACCCUCCGGGGCGGAUCAUGCACAUCAUCUGUACGCCCUCCGCGGAGUCGAGCAGUCAAGAGCACGACGUCGUUGCCGAGGAGAAAGUCGGGAUGUACGAGACGCAGAGGGAAUUGUACAGUAAGCUCCGAUUGUCGAGGACUAUGAUAAAUGAUCAUUAUAUGCCUAUGUACAAGAAAAUGAUGGAACUAUUGAUUAAACAGCUAGAAGAGGAGUUGGAUUCUGGUUAUGUUUCAUGAAUAGAUGAAAAAUGAAGGAUAUAUUGAUUGAUUGGGUGUAGAAAAUGUGAUAUAUUCCAGUUUUCCAGUAUAUAAUCCCAGACGAGAGUGAGCAUAUAGCUGAUUUUUUACAUUUUAUUCAACCAUCAAAAUUCAAUAGGAUAUAUUCAACAUUUUUCUGUA